AUUUAUUUAGAAAAUUCAUUCGCACCAUUUGGUUAACGCGAAAUCAUCUCGGAAAAAAUACAUCGUCUUCAAAAUAAUUUAAAAAAUAUAGAUUUUUUUUUAUUUUGAAAGUUGUGUAUUAUUGAAAUUAUUUAAAUACAAAAAUGGUUGUCGAUAUAAAAAUGUGCCGUUUUGAUAAUGUCCCUUGGGGCUUCCGGUUAGUCGGUGGAUCCGAUUUUGAAAUACCUUUAACGGUCGUCAAGGUAACUGAGGGCAGUUUAGCUGAGGAAGCUGGGCUUAAAUUGGACGAUGUAAUCGUUCGCAUUAACGAUGAACCAACAAGCCCAAUGUCCCAUGAUGAAGCUCAUAGGGUUAUUUCGAGUUGUGGCAACGUCUUUUUCUUAGGAAUUCAAAGGGCAGAAGAAGAAGAAGCUGAAGCACCAAAGUUUUUCCCCACAAUCGGGAAUAGGGAAACCUCUAGAACUCCCGAUCCUAUAAUAGACCCGUCUAUUCAAAAUCAAAUCGAUGAACUAUCCAAAAGUCCACCACCAAAUCUUGAUGUGGUAGAAAAUCUAUUAGCUGAAGAACCUGGUAUUCAAAAUGAAGAUGAAGAAAUUGCUAGUUUAUUGUCUCCUGAACCGGAUGUCCAAGAUGAACAACCUGUUAUUGGAGUGAAUGUAAAUAGAGUAUUUCCGAAACCAGGAGUCUGUAAAAGCAGUGAGGUUAUGCGUGAACUAAAUGAAGAAGCCAUGAAGACCAAACAAGAAAAAGAUUUGGACAAGAAAAAAUGGACAACUUUCAUGCAAAAACCAAAUCGACCAAUUCCGAAGAGCAAGGCCCAACUUGAAGCUGAGGCUAGAGCUGCAAAUGCUUAUAAAGUGAAAAUUGUUAAGAAUUACAAGAAACCUGAACCUCCACGUCCAUCUACUCCAGUUCCUGAAUCCGAACCGGAAGUUAUCGAACCUCCAAAAGAGAAGACUCCUCCGCCAGAAGUUGAAGAAGAACCACCAACUGAUACUGAAGUACCAAACUUGGAACCAACAAAUGAAGCAGGUUCUCAAGAAGAACCUUCAACUGAAGCUAAAGCUGAGUCUGAAGGUGAUAAGCCAGCAGAAGAAACUGACACCAAGGGUGAAGAAGUGGAGGAUGCCAAAGAUGAGACUACUGCUAAUGAGAAACGAGCUUUUGAAUCUGUUGAUCGUGAAGCAAGGUCUCCUUCUGUUAGUGGAUCUCUCCGAGAAAAGACCGAAGAAGAACUUCAAUUGGAACAGCAACUUGCCAACGUGCAACAACAACUUCUUGCUUUAGCUAAUUUGCCUUCGACAAUUCAAAGCACUCUUGAUGCAGUUACCAAGCAAUUAAGUGAACUUUUGCCAACUUUUAAGCUACAGCCCAAACUUGUGAAGGAAGCUACUCCAGAAAUUACUGUAGAAGUUCAACAGGAAGAAAGAAAAGAAGUCACUGCUGAAGAAUCCGCCGAAACUUCAAUUAUUGAGAAGGAAACAGUUGAGAUUGAGGAACAAUCUUCUGAGAUAAUUUCAACUGAAGUUACCCAAUCAUAUCACGAAGAAACCACUGUUAAAAUUGAAACCGAAAGCAAACAAGAAGUCACAGUUCAGGAAUACGAAACUAGUCACAGGAAUAUUGAAGAAGAACAAAUGGAAGAGGAACAGAAUUUGAAGAGGAAGAAGGAAACUGGUGUUAUUGAAGAGCUACAAAAGCAAAUCGAACACAAGGAAACACAAAAACGUAAAAAGUCAAAACGCAUGUUCGGGCCAUUGGUUCCACAAGAGCGGCCAUUAGUUUUGCCCGGUGGCAGGCGAUGGUAUCGCCCCAAAGAUGCUUAUAAUGAUGAGUUUAUUGCAGAAACCUUGACUGCUCAGGCAGAACUUAUUGCUGGCACAGCUGUUGGAGUUAAUUUUAUGAAAUACCAGAAACCAGAGAAGAAAGUCGAUUUGGAUAAAAGCGAAGUUUACAAAGUUCUUCAUCACUUGGAUAGAUCACCAGUUAGAGGAAUUGAAGUUCGUCCACCAGUUGUUGUUGCCGAAGCAGAUAUAAGGAGAGCAGUUGAAUCAUAAGACUUUUUUUGAAAUGGAA